AUGAUCCAUCCAAAGAAGCUUGCUCAGCUCGCCAAGAAGUGCCAACGGAUGUUGGCAGCCGGAGCCGGUGCCCGCCGUCGGCAUGCCUCAGACACGGCCGAUAAUGAAUGCUGCAGUACAGCAUCAUCUGUGGCUGCUGAUGAGGGCCACUGCAUGAUGUACACCACCGAUGGAGCACGCUUAGAGGUCCGUCUGGCGUACCUCGGGACGACGGUGUUCGCUGAGCUCCUGAGGAUGUCCGAGGAGGAGUUUGGCUUCGCGAGUGGCGGCGACGGAGGCAGGAUCAUGCUGCCCUGCGACGCCACGGUGAUGGAGUACGUCUUGUGCCUGGUCAGGAGAGAGGCCUCCAAGGAGGUCGAGAAGGCAUUCUUGAGCUCCAUUGCUGGGCACUGUCACAUCUACAAUGCUAGUUGCAUGGUCCCAUCAAUGGGAAUCACCCGGCAGUUUGCUCUUU